UUCAUAUAUUAAGAUCUAUUCUUACCGUUUACUCAAUUCCUACUUUCUGAUAUUUUCUGCAUUUUACCCGAUAUAUUAAACUUGGUCUUACCACUUGCCGAAAAAAUCAUUCUGAAUUCCAUCUAAAAAAGUUACUGAUAUUUGUCAAUCUUGUUCGUCAAUAACCUUGUCCUACGUUUCUUUAUUUUUUUAUUCUCUUUUUUUAAAAAAAAAAUGUCUUUUCAUCCUGCUCUUAUUGUCGUAGAUGUACAAAACGACUUUGUGACACCAGGCUUCGCCGGUCAUAUUCCAGGUGCUACCAAGGUUAUUCCAUUCAUUAAUCAACUCUUAGGUGAAGAUUAUAAAUGGGAUUAUAUCGUUGCCACAAAAGAUUUGCAUCCAGCUGACCAUGUAUCAUUUCGCGCAUCACAUGGGCCUAAGGGGAUGCCCAAAGGGACCGUCCUAGAUAUAAAUGCUUAUGGAAAAACAUACAAACAACAAUUGUGGUCAACUCAUUGUGUGGAAGGUACCGUUGGUGCCGAAUUCCAUCCAGAGCUGAAAAUGGACAAAGUAGAUUAUAUUCUUCCUAAAGGAAUGGAUACCCUAGUAGAGUCCUAUUCUGGAUUUUACGAUGCUGUUGGAAGGGACAACGGAUUAAAAAAAAUCCUCGACGACCGAAAUAUUACUCAUGUGUUUGUGGUUGGUGUUGCCGGUGAUAUGUGCGUUCGUGACACGGCUCUUCAUGCCAAAGAAUAUUAUGAUACGUAUGUUGUUAAUGAUGGAAUCUACAUGUCGACAGAAGAAGCCGGCCAACUUACCUUGCGUGAUUUUGACGAUGCCAAAAUAUCCGUCAUAACGAUAAACGAUCCAAUACUGGAAGCUGUAAAAAAUCGAACAAAGUGAUUCUUUUUUUACAUUGCAAAACAGUAUUAUUUCCUCUAUUAUCGGUCAUUCUUAUUCUCUUUCUCUUUAGCCGAAAAACACAUAAUCGUGUGUACUCACAUGCUCUGUCGUUGGGUAAGGUUCAUAGGAUACCCGAUGGAAUUCGCUUGAAGGAUUCUGUGGCAGUAUAAUAGAUUCACCUUCUGAAUUGUAAGGUGCUACAUCAACGUACCUAGCGUCUUGUCCCACAGAUGGAGCGCAUGCUGGAAUAAUUUGGAGUGGCAUUUUUAUGCAAUUUAAUGUCCUAAAAAUUUGUUAAUUCCUUAUUUAUUCACUUAAUAUCCUUAUUAUGUUCUUUUCCUUCUUUAUUCCAUUGUUGAACAGUAGCUUGCUUACCUCCAUUUAGUGCCAACCAAAAUUUGUAAUACGUAUUCUACCUGAAAGUCUGACCCAACAUUUAUCGAUACUUCUUUUUCAGGAAUCCGAAUGUGACAAUCCAUCGUGUGUGUCUCCAACGUACUAACUCCUUGCCAUUUACAGUAUUCGUUCUUUCUUUUCUCACAGAUCUCUUCUUUUUGUACACAUUUCCAAAAGUCCUUGCGGAUAGAAUUAUGCUUCUUCGCUCGAGACGACGCGUCCAGUUGAUAUUUUUUUCCCAAUGGUCCGUUAAAUAAAGUAAUACGUUUAAAUAGCAACAUAAUCAAUUGGUUGAUUUCGCAGUAGCCAUAAUUUUCAACUUUGAUAUUUACACUAAUAGAUUCACCUCCUAGCCAUUCCGAUCUCGGAAGCUUAACAGACAAACGGUUUGCAGUGUUUUUAUUGCAAAAUCCUAAUAUUGGUUUUGGCUUGCUCACACACAAUAAUGGGGUUGAUAACAAGAAACUUGAUGAAAGCAGCCUAGGAAGGACAUUUAUUUCUUGACAUUCUCUUACCUGUUUUACUUUAUCCCCCAAUUGGUAGAUUGCGUUGCUAAAUCUGAUUAGUCUUCUUUGUUUAUCUGAGGCCCGAAAAGUACUUACGCAUAAAUAUAGUAGUUUACUUUGUAUUGUGAAGUACUUUGCCUUCCUGGACCUCCUCCUUGUCCGUAAAGAUCCAUUUCAAAAGCUACUGGUAUUCCUUGGGUGUGCUGAAUGGCGAUUGAAUAGUCGCUAGUCGUAUUCAAUGCGUGCUCAACCAAUUCUUUUGGAACUGUGUACUUUCUAUCCAUUAUGCUCUUUCCUGUACAGAAAAAUACCGUUGGAUGACCUUGUCUACAUUUGCUGAUCCCAAGUAUCUGAACUUCAAUCCUUAUGAAACCAACGGACUGCUCUUUGGGCUUUACAGCUAAAUGUAUCAAUCCUUUCAAUUCAGACUCUUGAAAAAAUAUUGGAGAAUCGAACUGAAAAGUCAAUGCCACGUCUGGCGACUUCAAUUUAGGUGAGGACGUAAGUUCGUAGAUGAUCUCCUUGGCUGCAUAAUUCACUGUAGAACAAGUAAUAAUUGUUUCUUUUUUCCUGUGGAAAAAACUGUUUUUUCUUUUAUUAAUUUUCAUCGCACUUAAACAAAUGGUUUGUUGUGACCAAACUCUGUUUGUUUACUUAUUACAUAUUGUGUCAAUUCUAUAUUCCUAAUGAUAUUUGAACAACGACAAAAAACAAAUAGUGCUAUUACCCGAAUAUAUCAACUUUAUUUCUAUCGAAGCACAACAAAAAACUAACCUGAAAAUGAUCAUUACUUACCGAUAUCGUAAUUCUAUCACCAUAUGUAUGUUGCAGUCAAGUAGAUAUAAGAU